AUGGAAGAACAUGAAGCUCUCCAUGCCUUAACCGGACUCCCUGAUGCUCGUGCUGCUGGACCUGAGAGAGGCCCUUCAAUAUUGACGCGAAUUUCUCAAGAUCUACCCGUUCUUGGAGUGGCGGCCUGGUCGGGUAGAAUUUCGUCAACGCUGCUCCCCGAGUUCGCUUGCGCUAUACUUUCUUCCAACCUCUGGCCUGGUGCCCACGCGGUGGCUAACUCAUCAGGGUAG